GGGCGUGGCUGGCGCAUGCGCGGGGCGUGUCUCCUUGCGGCCGUGCGGAGGGCGAGCCUAGGCCUCAAGGAGAGGGAAGGGAAAAGAAGCGCGGGGGGGGGGGGCGCCGGGGUCGUCGCUUCUGCCGCCGCCAUGUUCCUGUGCGCUCCUCUGCGGGCCGCGACCGCACGCUCGGUAAGGGGAGAGGGAGGUUGCUGUGCGGUGGCGGCCACACGUCUGUCCCCGCCGGCCGGAGCAGGGCGGCCGUUCGGCUGGAGGAGGCCUAGGAGGAUAAGACAGAUCCGAUACUUACAUAGAACGGCAGUAUGCAAUGCCAGUGGAGGAGCCUUAUUUGUGCACAGAGAUAGUCCUGAGAACAAUCCAGAUACUCCAUUUGAGUUCACGCCUGAAAACCAAAAGCGAAUAGAAGCAAUCAUAAACAACUACCCAGGGGGACACAAGUCUGCAGCUGUCAUGGCAGUACUAGAUUUGGCCCAAAGACAGCACGGAUGGUUGCCCAUAUCGGCUAUGAACAAGGUUGCUGAAGUUUUAGAAAUGCCUCCCAUGAGAGUGUAUGAAGUAGCAACCUUCUAUACAAUGUACAAUCGCAAACCUGUUGGGAAAUACCAUAUUCAGGUCUGCACUACCACGCCUUGCAUGCUGCGAGACUCUGAUAGUAUUUUAGAAGCCAUUAAGAAGAAACUUGGUAUAAAAGUUGGGGAGACAACACCUGAUAAACUCUUCACGCUGAUAGAAGUGGAAUGUUUAGGUGCUUGUGUAAAUGCACCAAUGGUACAAAUAAAUGACAAUUACUAUGAAGAUUUGACGCCUAAAGAUAUUGAAAACAUAAUUGAUGAGCUAAAGGCCGGCAAAGUUCCCAAACCUGGCCCAAGGAGUGGACGUUUUUCUUGUGAGCCAGCUGGUGGCCUUACUUCUCUGACUGAACCACCCAAAGGACCAGGUUUUGGAGUUCGAGCUGACCUCUAAGUUUUUGUAAUAUAAGAUGAACUGUCUGAAAAUUAAUAAAGUAACUUUAAUCUCAGUAAAAUGAUGCAUGUUCUAGUACUUUUUUAAAAAGAUAGAUAAAUUGCUGUUGCUUUUCUUAUCUAACUUACCAUGGUUUUAACUACUGCAAAGCAUAAUUAUAAUUCUAGAUUAUAGGAAAAGUGGUUCUCUAGACUGUAAAGUAACUCACUGAAAGAAUGCACUUAUGAUCACUGAGAGAUCAAAGCUGCAUCUUUUGAGCUGUCAUUGAAAAUUCUUUCAACUUUUUCUAAGGUUCUUUGAAGAUGCAACAAAACUUAACUAAAUUAGAAGUCUGUCAAAUGUGAAAAUUACCUUUUUAUCAUGUUACACCACCACCCCCCCCACCAAAUACCAGUAGUACUCUACUAAAAGAAUGAACAGCAACAAGAAACCACUUCCUGUACAAAUUUAUUCAAUAUAGCCAAGGUAUGCAGUUGGGGGGAAGACAGAAUAUACGAGAACAGUUAAAUACAUGGCUAAGUGUAAUAUGUGAAACUAGUUAUUUGACUCGCACAUCCUUCUUUACUGCUGUGUAGCAGCUACUUUUAAGAACUGAUUGGUGUGAAAUGGAGGUAUUUCUCCCAAUAUAAAAAGAGUUGAAGAUAUUUUUUUUAAAAAUUGACACACAUUCUUGUAAAAUCUAGCAAUGCUUUAUGUAUGUACAUAUACAUUUCAACAUAAAUUAGGAAAUGUGAACGUCAGUCACCUGA